AUGAAGUUUCUCCUGAUUCUUGCCUGCCUAGGAGCAGCAGUUGCUGUCCCUGUUGAUGAUGAUGACAAAAUCGUGGGGGGCUACACCUGCUCUGUCCCCUACCAGGUGUCCCUGAACUCUGGAUACCACUUCUGCGGGGGCUCCCUCAUCAACAACCAAUGGGUCGUGUCAGCUGCUCACUGCUACAAAUCCCGCAUCGAGGUGAGGCUCGGGGAACACAACAUCGAUGUGUUGGAAGGGGACGAGCAGUUCAUCAGCGCCGUUAAAAUAAUUCGCCACCCCAAAUACAAUUCAUGGAUCCUGGAUAAUGACAUUAUGCUGAUCAAGCUGGCAACCCAAGCUAACUUGAACUCCCGUGUCGCAACCAUCCCUCUUCCCUCUGCUUGUGUGGCUGCUGGGACUCAGUGUCUGAUUUCUGGGUGGGGAAACACCCUCAGUAGUGGCUCUAACUACCCCGAGCUUCUCCAGUGUCUGGAUGCUCCAGUCCUGACUAACGCUGUGUGCAGUGCUGCUUACCCAGGGGAAAUCACUGAAAACAUGAUCUGCGUGGGAUUCCCCGAGGGUGGCAAAGACUCCUGCCAGGGCGAUUCUGGUGGCCCAGUUGUGUGCAACGGUGAGCUCCAAGGAAUUGUGUCCUGGGGGAUUGGGUGUGCUCUGCAGGGUUACCCUGGAGUCUACACCAAGGUCUGCAACUAUGUUAACUGGAUCGAGAAGACCAUUGCUGCCAACUGAGACAUCCAUCUCCUGCUGGUUUCCUGGUGACAUUUCCUUCCCUCCCCCUUUAAUUCAUCUUUGAA